AUGGAUAAUUCGAUAACGCAAAGUCUUGAGAAUUUUGAACGGACCGUUCAGUACGCCGGAGCGAAGGUGACGGGUUGGCUGCGAGAGGAGACGGGGGAAAUGCCUGGCAUAUUCUUCUACGAAUCCAUCGCCGACCUCGCAGGGAUCAUGACCGUGUUCGAAUUCCACGUGGCCGACGACGACGUGCUGCACGUGAGAGGCACGACGUUCGACCCGCUCGACCCGGGCGUGGUCCUCGCCGAGGAGAUUCUCCAGUGCAGGCUCGGUGGAGCUGCAAGAUUUUACGCCGCCGCCUAUGACCGGGUCGAGUUGAUGGAUUACGAGUCGGUCGUCGAGGCACAAACGAGGGGAGGGAAAUUGGCGGUCCAGAUCGACUUCGGUGGAUGCGUCGACUGGACCGGUGGAGUGAACCUGACCGGCGUCAUGACCGGCGCUUACCUCCACGACCUCUUCGAUUUCGUCCCAGAGGGUGAGCCGUCGUCCAUUUUCACUUCGCUCCUUUCUCCAACGAUGGAGGAAAUCGCUCUUGUUUCAGGCAUGACAGCGGCGCUGCUCGGAUCCGCUCACGCCCUGAAGAGCGACCCAGCGAGCGGCGUGGCCUACGAGUCCUUCGAUGUGUUCGUCUUCGAAAGCGGGAAUCCCAUGGUCAUUCCAGGCUACUGGCGAAUCGACGAAAGCGGCGAUUGGGGCAACGACUUCGGCGCCGCGUUCAUGGACUGCCCAUUCGGGAGGGGCGUCAGGAUCUUCCAAGAAGUCUGA